AUGUCCAACACAUCUUCAACCUUGCCGCCGGAUCUGUUCGAUCAGACAACGCUCAUUUCCCUGGCAGCAACCGUCGUCCUCUUGUCCAUAGCUAUCGCUGUGUCUCGUCGAGUCCUCCACCCCGCCACAUCGACGAGCUAUCGCGUCCUCUUCAUCUGGCACGCCUUUGAUGCUUUGAUCCACUUCUUCCUCGAGGGCAGCUUCCUCUAUCACUGCUUCUUCUCUUACAUCCCUCUCGCCGACGUGCCCGACGCCGACCUCAGCGGUUUCCACCCGACCCCGGCCAAUUUCCUCGGUCAUUCAGAUCGCAUCUAUGGCGCCCAAGCGGGCGGAAGCAAUCCCUUUGCGCAGUUGUGGAUGGUUUAUGCGCGGGCUGAUAAGAGAUGGGCCGGCGCGGACUUGGGUGUGAUUUCGUUGGAGCUCUUAACGGUGUUCGGCGCCGGACCGCUGGCGGUGUGGAUCUGCUACAGCAUUGCUAAGCGUGACCCCAAGGUCAACAUUUGGAUGAUUGUCAUCGCAACGGCGGAGCUUUAUGGCGGAUUUAUGACCUUCUGCCCCGAAUGGCUGACCGGCAACAUCUACUUGGACACGAGCAACUUCAUGUACCUUUGGGUGUACCUCGUCUUCUUCAAUAUGCUAUGGGUUUUUAUCCCGAUCUAUGCCAUAUACGUGGCAUAUGGAGAGAUUUCUGCUGCUUUCAAGGCCCAAGGCGUCAGGAAGAACCUAUGA